ACCUUUUACCAGCUUGAGGAGAAUAUCAUGUUAACGUUGCGAUUAAUGUAAAUUUUAUAACCCAAUUUGUACCAAAGUACUUUUCGAUCAUAUUGAUUAUUAAUCUGCCCGAAAACUAUCCAUAAGGCCUCGAAACCAAUUAGCGAGGCGUAUUCUAACCGUAGAACUGGAACUGGAUUUCUUUUUCACUUUGUUUAAGUGUUUGAAGUAUCAAGCUAAGAGGCCUAUACUAACUGACAGAAAAAAUGGUUAUCACAUUCCCAGCCGGCUGUGCGCUCUUGGUGCUGCUCCUCUUAAGCCUAUCUCAAUCCUGGGGCCGAAGCCUUCGAAGAAAUCUCCAAAGCCAAAUGAGCCAACUCAUAUCACACCACAAAGUGCAACAUUUACAGUUCCCUGGCUGUCAAAUACUUUAUAUUUUGCGUUCGGGGGUCUUGCACUUGCUUCUGUCAUGCUGUGAGUAGACUGAUUUCUUCUAUGACAUAUGAAAGCUUCACAAGACUCUCGCGAUCGUUACUAACCUCUCAAUAUUGCUAGCCUGAACUGUGGAGUCAAUGUCCCAGUCCUCUUCAAUUUAAUUGGUGCAGAAAUUAUAUUGGUCACAGGUUCAGAGAACGUACGCGGAAUUCUAAACGACAGGCAUCCCAUCACCACACAUCGAGUUCGGCCAAGAUUCAUCAAAUAUGCUCUUGGUCUACAUCCAAAAGCUGUCGCGCUCAUAGAAGCAGAUACUUCCGGAGCCCAGCUCGAGCCACUUCCUAGGAGUAAUGUCCCGGAUCACAGGCGCAUCCUUAGAACGCAGCAAGAAAGCACCUUUAAUUCCAUUUCCCACAUCGGUGUUCGAGACUUUAUGCCAAGGUACAUGAGCUGUUACGAGGGUUGCGUCGAGAACUCACAAAUUGGUGACAAAUGGUCAGACGUAUCGGAUUUGUUUAUUUUAUUGCGCGACCUGUCUCUAGAAGCUUCGCUGAACAGCUUAUGCGGGAAAUAUCUCCUGAUGCAAAGUCCAGAGUUUUCCAGCGCAUUUUGGGAGUUUGAUGAAAACGUUCACUUCUUGUUUAUGGGAUUCCUUAGUUGGUUACGACCAAGGGCGGCAAAGGCACGUAAAAGAUGCCUUGAUGCUAUCACAAGGUGGAGAGCCACUGCAGUUCAGAAAUCGCAAGGUCGGAAAGUUCCCGAUGAAACUUUAUGGGAUGAUUUAUGGGGAUCGAAAAUCAUGAGACUGAGAAACAACAUGUACGACAAAUUUAGUGAGUUCGAUCCGGCUUCAAGGUCGGGGGCAGAUCUUGGGGUCAUUUGGGCGUGAUAUCCACUUUUGACUCCGUCUACAGUUCGAUUUUGAUGUUAACGUCUUCCGCAGAGCAAAUGACAACCUUGCGCCGGUCACAUGUUGGCUGCUAAUGGCCUUGCUACGUGAUGACAGAAUUCGCAAACAGUGUAUGACAGAAAUGAGCAAGGCCCGUCUUCCAGAUGAGGGCCACUGUCCAAUUCCCCGCUUCGACUCUGGUAUGCUCGUCAAGCAACCAUUUUUAAACUCCGUCUUUAGUGAGGUUUUGCGACAUGAGGUCACGAUCUUCAUGGCUAAAAGCGUCGAGGAAGGCUACAAAUUAGGGGCUUAUACAUUACCCAAACACUCGAGGGUUCUCACUCCGUCACAUGUGAAACACAUGGAUAAGAGCCGGUGGAAAACACGACCAAGGGCCGAAAAGCAUCCCCUUGAAGAAUUUUGGGCCGAAGAUUCCUGAAUUAUGAUGAGCAGACCGGCGAGCCAUUCUUUUCGUUAAGCAGACUUGAUGGAACAUUUGUUCCAUUGGGUUUUGGUCGCAAUAUGUGUCCAGGUCGUCACUUUUCGGCCCGUGUCAUGCUUUCCAUCGUAGCUCUAUUGAUAAACACUUUUAAUUUCGAGUUGAAGGAGCAAAACGAUUGGUGGAAUGCCAUCAGGGACUAUAGAUCGUUUGGAUACAAUUCAUCUCGCCCUGGUAAAGAGACUCCUCUAAGAAUGAACAGAGAGAACACCGGCACAAUAUAAAUUAAAGAACCACUAAAACCAUUUGAAUUCGAGGGUGGAAGAUUUUUCUAAGGGAUUUAUCGGAAGAUUUGACGGAACUUUAAGGA